AGAGGCGAUGUUCCACAGGAAAUAGUUGUAGGUAAGGCGGAAGUGGUAAAAGGGUAUCGUCCUACAUUUCGCUAGCAGAGCAGAGCAGAAUCGUCUUAAAAUACCGUAAUCCGUGGCCGACUUCGCGACUGCUUUUCCCCUGAACAUGGACAGAUAAUAGUUAAAUUACUCGAUGAACAGACGUGAUCACAUUUGACGGCCAACGAUUGUGGAGUGUCGAAAAAAUACAGCCACAGGGUUAUUCUACACUUCUGCAUCCUGUGAAAUCUCUGAGACCCCUGCACUGAUCUGUUGGCCACCAACAUGGCUAACAGCACCGCGGCUGCUGUUAAGGUUCUAGGGGGGCCUGGUCCUGCUGGCAGGAGCAGUCCAGAAGGAUCCCAGGUGCUUAGUAAAAAGAAACUCCAAGACCUGGUAAGAGAGAUCGAUCCGAACGAGCAGCUGGAUGAAGACGUGGAAGAGAUGCUGUUACAAAUUGCAGAUGACUUUAUAGAGAGUGUAGUGACUGCUGCCUGUCAGUUGGCACGUCAUCGCAAGUCGAACACCCUGGAGGUGAAGGAUGUUCAGUUACAUCUCGAGCGACAAUGGAACAUGUGGAUUCCUGGUUAUGGCUCAGAUGAGAUUCGACCGUUCAAGAAGGCUUGUACCACAGAGGCUCACAAACAGAGAAUGGCGCUGAUCCGUAAAACGACCAAAAAAUAACAGGACUGUACUUCGUCGCGUAGAACACGCUUUUUAUUGUAAACAGGAUUAUUUGGACAAACGGAAUCAAGGAAGGAUGGGUUUGUUUUUCUUUCAACAUGACUGGCGUCAAAGAAAUGUAUCUUUUUUUCUUUUCUGGUAACAUCACACUAUAUUGUAGAUGUCAACUUUGAUUGUGUUUUGUCACUGUAUUACCUUGCCAAUAAAUAUUAAUGUAGUAGAUGAACUAUUGUUGCAUCUGUUUAUGUACCACCAUUAUAAUCUGCUCUUAAUGUUUUUCUGCAAAUAGUGUUUACAAAUUAUUCAAUUUCUUUUCCUGUAUAGAGUUGAAUGAGGUUCAAUCAUUGUUGUUGAUUUCUCAUUUAUAAUGUCUAAAGAAACUUAAUAAGGAAAUUGUUACUUAAUGUAAUGACAAUAAAAAUCUACUAAUCAUA